AUGGCUGACACCGACAAACAAGCGAAGGGACCAGGUUACCCUCAGUAUCCUCCACAGCAGGGAUGGGGCCAGGGACCAAAUCCCUCACAGGCCUACCCACCACAACAGGGCUAUGCUGGCCAAGGCUACCAGCAAGGCUAUCCGCAGCAGGGCCCUCCUCCAGGGUACCCAGGCUACAGUGGGCCAGCGGCCUUUCAGCAGCAGGCGCCGCCGCCGCCGCCGCAGCAGCCCAACUAUGACUUGGAAGCUGCUCAGGCUGCCAAGUGGGCGGCUUCCUUCAGGGAUGAGGCUGUGCGGCGCGGCUUUGUUCGCAAAGUGCUGUUCAUUGUGACCUGCAUGCUCGCCUUCACAGUCGGCUGCUCGCUCACCUUCUUCUUCGUGCACCCCUUGAAGAACUAUGUGCGGCACAACCAGUGGCCCUUCUGGCUGUCCUGGGGCCUCUCGCUGGUCGCCAUCAUUGCGCUCGGCUGCAGUCGCACCCUGCGCUAUAAGGUCCCCUACAACUACCUCUUCUUGACGGCGUUCACAGUCAUCUUCGGCUUCCAGAUAGGCACGGUCACUUCCUGGUGGGAUACUCAGGCGGUGCUCAUAGCACUGGUGGCCACUGGCGGGGUCGUUGCAGGCUGCUUCCUUGUCGCCUUCUGCACAAAGCUGGACUUCACCAAGCUGGGAGGGUACCUUGCAAUCGCUACGCUGGUGUUCAUGGUGAUGAUUUUCAUUGGCAUCUUCUGGACGCGCAAUGUGACCUACCUGAUCAUCGGCAUCGUGGGCUCCAUUCUUUUCUCGGUGCACCUGAUCUACGACCUGCAGCUGAUGAUGUCGGGGAAGAGCGUGCAAGUAUCGCCGGACGAGUACAUCAGCAGUGCUCUCUCCAUCUUCCUGGACAUUGUCAACAUCUUCCUCAUGAUCCUCGCCAUCAUGGGAGGCGGCGGUUGCAACAACUGA